UGGCUUCUUAAUCGUUGUAUUGGUUUGACCGUGGCUGAACGCUUAUAAAUUUGCCCUAAACAUAGAUAAACGCUAUUGUUUCGGAGAUAUUUAACGUGGGCAGAAUGAAGUUCGUGAUUAUCCUCGCCGUAGCCAUAUUUGCUUUUGCUGCUGUUCAGUCGGCGCCGGUCCCAGAUGACAAGCCCGUAGACGCCCCGCCAGCCCCGCCGGCGGCCGCGCCGGCGGCGCCCGAAGCCACGCAAGCCGCAGCGGAGACAACGACGGCUCCCGCGGUAAGCGCCGAUCCCAAUGGAAAGCCGAAGGAAGUUCAGCACCGCCGACGACGCAUCCUGCGAAAUAGGAGGAGCCCACGGGUAGCUGACAAGUACACGACACAAACUACUUCUAAAGAUCCCGUCCAAGUCGUUUACUAUGGGUGAACAGCUGAGCCCAACCAACCAACAAAAGUGUGUAAAAUAAUUUGAAAUAAAUGAAGUAAUAAAUAAA